CCUUCGCUCCGACUAGUGACUUUCAUUAAAUUAAAUUUAAUUAAAUGUUUUUGUGUAAUUGUUUAUAACAUUUUAUUUUGAAACGCGGCUAAUAAACAGUCUAUUGACAAGUUAUAGCUUAUAAAUCCAAGGAACACAAAGUAGUCCGGCAUCCUGCGAACGCAGAGCCCAGGAAACGUAGGGUUUCAACAAAUGGCCAGGUCGUAGGUCGUCUGAAAUCAGCCCUAACAUCAAGAUCUCAGAAAUGGACAGUGAGGAUGAUCUGGACAUUUUGACGGCACUACUGGCUGAGAGUGAAGGCGUUGGAGAGGAACAGGUGGAUGACUUGGAAGGCCUGUUUGAAGCCGACACUGAUGAGGAGGAAGAGUACAAAGAUGGUGUUGAAGACGAGAGCAGAGAUGUCACCAGCGAGGGCGCUGUGUCGGAUCUCUUUGGAGAUGUGGAUGAUAUCAGAGCUGAAGAAACGGAUGAUCGACAAGAAGAUCUCGAAAGGCUCAACAGGUCCAAGGAGGAAUUGCAAGGGGAGCUGAGGCGGAUGCAAGAGAAGAUGCAGCGAUUACAGCAGGAGCUGGAGGCAACUCAGAAGGUUUCCAGCUCACCUUCCAUUGCAGUCAAGACUACAGGAGGCUCUGCUCAUCCCAAACAGACGCCUCCUCAAAAAGCUUCCUCCAAACCAAACCUCAGAACACCAAUCACUACAACACACAAGGUUCAGACACAAGCAGCUGGAGGCGGAAGCCGGAAGCUCCAGGAAUCCUCUGAAUUUUCCACCCAGUUGUGCAACGGCGACUCCUUCAAGCGCAAACCCAGAGUAGCUCACCAGCCCAAACCGAGCACUUCAUCAGAAGACAGAGGCCCGCUGGUGGAGAUAAGGCUCGGCAGCUCUUUCCAGCCAAUAGAAAGCAAAAGCCAAAUUGCCGUUCCACAGCGUUCACCUCCAGGUUCCCAGAGCAGACCAGCUCCUCCUCCUCCUCCUCCAAAAGAUGUGGCUGUUGAGAAAUACUCCGGGCUACGGCUCAGAAAACCACGUGUCUCCUCCAGCGAGAUGGACCGCAAAAUGGCCGACCGCCGUCUGAUCCGCCUGUCAUCUGUGCCAGAACGUUUGACUCGAGAGAAGCUGGAGGAGAGCGACUGGGUGACUUUUGCCGUGCUGAUCAACAAGGCCACGCCCCAAAGCAACAACAGUGGCAAAACCUUCAGCAUCUGGAAGCUGAACGACCUGCACAACCUGGAAGUGUUUGUGUCUCUCUUCCUGUUUGGGGAGGUGCACAAGGAGCACUGGAAGACAGAGCCAGGGACUGUCAUCGGACUCCUCAACCCAAACCCUAUGAAGCCGAAAGACGGAUAUGACGGGGUCAGCCUGACGGUGGAUCACCCUCAGAAGGUGCUGCUGAUGGGCGAAGCUCAGGACUACAGCACCUGUAAGGCCAUGAAGAAAAAUGGAGACCCCUGUUCUCAGAUCGUUAAUAUGUACGUGUGCCAGUACUGCCAGUAUCACGUCAAAGCCCAGUAUAAGAAGAUGAGCUCGAAGAGGGCCGAGCUACAGUCCACGUUUUCUGGAAAAGCUCCCAAAAGAUUGAAGGGGAAGAGCGGCGGUCUCAGAGAGCGGCUGUGUCAAGACGGCUUUUACUACGGGGGCGUGUCAUCCCCCGCCUGCGCCGCAUCACUAUCAGCAUCCAGACCAAAUAAACCCACCCAGCGAACCCUGGACAAGCUGUUUGUAAAAGGCUCCUCUCAGCUUGUUGCUCAAGCCAAAAAGUUGGCUAUGGAGUCUGGAGAGGUUUCAGGAUGUUCAGAUGACUUCAAGUCCUUGAUGUCGAUGCCAACACCUGGUGCGCUCCAGCUGAAGAAGCACCUGGCACAAGGAAACAAAUCAGGUGCCAGAGAAGUGGGCAGAGUGACAGUUCAGUCUAUCUCGGCUUCUGACAUGUUGAAGCAGCAGAAGCAGAAGCAGCUGGAGCUGCUGGCACUCCGCAGAAAGAGAGCCGAGGAGAACCAGAGGAGAGCACUGCAGAACUCCAACCAUGCCACCCCUAGCACUUCCUCCUUACAGGAGAGUCCAACGUGCCCAAAACCUGCUUCUCAGGCCACUGGAAGCCCUCCACCUCUCCACACACCAACCUUGGGGCGGGGCUUCUCCAAAGAUGAAGACAUUCUCUUCUUUGAACACAGCCUGCCACCUGCGCCUAAGCCCAGCAUGAUCGGCCUAUCAGCCGCCAAGCUGGCUGCUCUCAGGAAGCUGAGAGCGAAAAGGGCGGGGCUUGAAAAGGAAGACCCCAAUGCCGUAAAGAGAAAAAGGAGUAACAGCAAUGAGAUUAACGCCCGAGUGGAGAAGAACUUGACUUCACCCAAAGGCGAGUCAUCUGGUCACGACGACGAGGAGCCGGCGCUGAAGAGGCGGAGAGAAGAACUUCAGUACAUCCAGUCAGAAGAAUUCCAGAAAAUCCUUAAUGCCAAAUCUCGUCACACGGUUAUACUGCAGGCGGCGGAGUACCAGCUGCAGGAGCGCUACUUUGACGCUCUGGUGAAAAAGGAGCAGAUGGAGGAGAAGAUGAAAGGCAUCCGAGAGAUGAAGUGCCGCGCCGUUAGUUGUAAAAAGUGUAACUACACCUACUUCAAGCCCGCUGAUCGCUGCGUGGAGGAGAAUCACACUCUGCGGUGGCACGACGCCGUCAAACAGUUCUUCAAAUGUCCGUGCGGUCAGAGAGCCAUUGCGCUGGACAGACUCCCGCACAAACACUGCAGUAACUGUGGUCUGUUUAAGUGGACACGCGAUGGAAUGCUGAAGGAGAAAACGGGACCGAAGAUCGGCAGCGAACUUCUGCAGCCGCGGGGAGAAGAGCAUCCAAAGUUCCUCAACAGUAUGAAGUAACAACAUUCUUCAUGAGUCACUGCUGCAGGCUGUCAAUGUUGUGUUUAAACAGAAUUUUGCAUGCUUUUAUAGCCUUUUUAUCUUUUAAAAUUUAUGUUUUGUCUCUUUAUUAAUUAUGGAUGUUUUAAUAUCUGUGAUUACAGAAAAUUUUUGUCUUUUGUUCUCCAGCUGUUUCUGCUGGAAAUGAGCUAAUUAAACCAACACCAUGCAAUUUUU